AUGAAGCCAGUGCGGGUUGUCACACUUUGGUGGGUGCUACUGCUGGUGUCCAGGCUGGGGGCCACCAGGAAGGGAGCCCCAGAAGAGGCCUCCUUCUACUAUGGAAGCUUCCCACUUGGCUUCUCCUGGGGUGUGGGCAGUUCCGCCUUCCAGACGGAGGGAGCCUGGGACCAGGAUGGGAAAGGGCCCAGCAUCUGGGACGCCUUCACUCACAGUGGGAAGGGAAAGGUGCUUGGGGAUGAGACAGCAGAUGUGGCUUGUGAUGGUUACUACAAGGUGCAGGAGGACAUCGUCCUGCUCAGGGAGCUGCACGUGAGCCACUACAGAUUCUCCCUGUCUUGGCCUCGGCUCCUACCUACCGGCAUCCGAGCUGACAAGGUGAACAAGAAGGGAAUCAAGUUCUACAAUGACUUCAUCGAUGCCCUCCUGAAGAGCAACAUUACCCCCAUCGUGACCUUGCACCACUGGGAUCUCCCACAGCUACUCCAGGUCAAGUGCGGUGGCUGGCAGAACGUGAGCAUGAUCAGCUACUUCCGUGAUUACGCCGAUCUGUGCUUUGAGGCCUUUGGGGACCGGGUGAAGCACUGGAUCACUUUUAGUGACCCUCGGACGAUGGCAGAGAAAGGCUAUGAGACGGGUCGCCAUGCUCCAGGCCUGCAGCUCCACGGCACAGGCCUGUACACGGCAGCACACCACAUCAUUAAGGCCCACGCCCAAGCCUGGCAUUCCUACAACAGCACAUGGCGCGGCAAGCAGCAAGGUCUGGUGGGGAUCUCACUAAAUUGUGAUUGGGGGGAACCCGUGGACAUCAGUAGCCCCAAGGACAUUGACGCUGCUGAGAGAUACCUACAGUUCUGCCUGGGCUGGUUUGCCAACCCCAUCUAUGCUGGAGACUACCCUCAAGUCAUGAAGGACCGGAUCGGGAAAAAAAGUGCAGAGCAAGGCCUGGAUAUGUCAAGGUUACCAGUGUUCUCACUCCAGGAAAAGAGCUACAUUAAAGGCACAUCUGAUUUCUUGGGAUUAGGCCAUUAUACUACUCGGUACAUCACAGAAAGGAACUACUCCUCCCGCCAGGGGCCCAGCUACCAGAACGAUCGUGACUUAGUAGAACUGGUUGACCCCAACUGGCCUGAUCUGGGGUCAAAGUGGCUGUAUUCUGUGCCAUGGGGAUUUCGGAGGCUCCUCCACUUCGCUCAGACUCAAUACGGCAAUCCUCCCAUCUACGUGACAGAAAACGGUGCGCCUCAAAAGUUACACUGUACGCAAUUAUGUGAUGAGUGGAGAAUUCAGUACCUUAAGGGCUACAUAAAUGAAAUGCUAAAAGCUAUAAAAGAUGGUGUUAAUAUAAAAGGGUAUACUUCCUGGUCUCUGUUGGAUAAGUUUGAAUGGGAGAAAGGAUACUCAGAUAGAUAUGGAUUCUACUAUGUCGAAUUUAACAACAGAAAUAAGCCACGCUACCCAAAGGCAUCCGUUCAAUAUUACAAGAAGAUUAUCACUGCCAAUGGGUUCCCCAACCCAAGAGAGGUGGAAAGUUGGUACCUCAAAGCCUUGGAAACUUGUUCUAUCAACAACCAGAUGCUUGCUGCAGAGCCUCUACUAAGUCACAUGCAGAUGGUGACAGAGAUCGUGGUACCUACAGUUUGCACCCUGUGCAUACUAAUAUCUGCUGUUCUCCUGCUGCUCCUGCUUCGGGGCCAGAGCUGAGAGAGGGUUGCCCAUUCUGUAGAUUCAUCUUUCAUCAGGAAUCUUCAGGAUCUUCCUCCUUUCUCUGCUUUGAAGGUUUAUAUACGAUUCUGUUUUCAGGCUUUGUGAUAAAAAAAUUUUUUUUGGUCUUGUGCUGGGAUUUAAAAAUUAGAAAAUAAAAAGAAGCAAAAAUGAAAUAAA